UUUUUCUCACACACUUUGCCAACUCCCUACCAUACAAUGUCCUUCGAUAGACCAGAUACCUACGGGGCCCGCGUGUUAGCGGGUGCCGAAACCGCUGACGACUCCUUCUCAGAGGUCAUCAAGGCGUUCCGCCUGUUCAUCCUCGAGUUUAGACUCGACUCGCGUUUCAUCUACAGAGAUCAGUUGCGCGAAAACGUGCUCAUCAAACAGUACUCGUUGACGGUCAACACCGAGCACUUGAUCCGGUACAAUGACGAAUUGAACAAGAAGUUAUCGGACGACCCCACCGAGAUGCUUCCGCUCUUCGAGACGGCGAUCACUGAGGUUGCUAAACGUAUUGCGUUCUUGACCUCCGAGGAAGUACCUCUCACAUUCCCUACGUGCCAGCUCAUCCUCGACUCACAGGCGGAGAAGGUUUCGAUCCGCGACUUGGAUGCCGACCAUAUUGCAAAGAUUGUGCGGAUCAGCGGAAUCGUCAUUUCGGCGUCGGUCUUAUCCUCCAGACCUACAUCGUUACAGAUCUUGUGUCGCUCAUGUAAACACACUACCAAGAUCAGCGUCGGGCAGCAUGGGUUUGCCAACGUUCAGUUGCCAAAACAGUGUGGGGCGCCGCCACAACCAGGCUCAGAAACCAACAGCUGUCCACCGGAUCCAUACACGAUUGUACAUGAGAAGUCUGUGUUUGUAGAUCAGCAAAGCUUGAAGUUACAGGAAUCACCGGAUAUGGUGCCUGUGGGUGAAAUGCCACGACACAUUCUCCUCAACGCAGACAGAUAUCUCACGAACCGUAUUAUCCCCGGAACGCGCUGCAACAUCAUCGGGAUCUACUCGAUUUACCAGGCAAAGGUCAAAGGGGCAAACUCCGUGGCGAUCAGAAACCCGUACAUGAAGAUCCUCGGAAUCCAGACCGACUUGAACAAGGGCAGUGGGAUCGGGGGCAUGAACUUCACGGAAGAGGAGGAGGAGGAGUUUUUGACCCUCGCCAGACAGCCUGGCUUCUACGAGACAUUUUCCAAGUCAAUUGCGCCGUCCAUCUAUGGGAACGAGGAUAUCAAAAAGGCCAUCACGUGUCUCUUGAUGGGCGGCUCAAAGAAGCUCUUGCCGGAUAACAUGCGCUUGAGAGGUGAUAUCAACGUGUUGCUUCUCGGUGAUCCUGGUACGGCCAAAUCCCAGUUGUUGAAGUUUGUGGAGAAGGUCAGUCCCAUUAGUGUGUACACCUCGGGUAAGGGUUCGUCCGCGGCCGGUUUGACCGCCUCGGUGCAGAGAGACCCCCAUACCCGUGACUUCUACUUGGAGGGUGGUGCGAUGGUGUUGGCAGACGGGGGGGUAGUAUGUAUCGAUGAGUUCGACAAGAUGAGGGACGAAGACCGAGUGGCGAUCCACGAAGCGAUGGAGCAGCAGACAAUUUCGAUCGCCAAGGCCGGUAUCACCACCAUUUUAAACUCUAGAACGUCCGUUCUCGCAGCUGCUAAUCCCAUUUAUGGGAGGUAUGACGAAAUGAAGUCUCCCGGCGAAAAUAUUGACUUCCAAACCACGAUUUUGUCCAGAUUCGACAUGAUUUUCAUCGUCAAGGACGACCACAAUGAGGCGCGAGACAUUUCCAUCGCCCAGCACGUCAUGAACGUGCACACGGGGAGGUCUAACCAGAAUGAUGCCGAAAGAGAGGGUGAAAUUCCGAUUGAAAAGAUGAAAAAGUUUAUCUCGUACGCGCGCGCAAACUGCGCCCCGAGAUUGUCGCCUGAAGCCUCUGAGAAGUUAUCCUCGUACUUUGUUGACAUCCGACAAAAGAUCCAGGGCAGCGAGGCGGAAAACUUGGCAAAGUCAACGAUUCCAAUCACGGUUCGUCAGUUGGAGGCGAUUGUCAGAAUCACCGAGUCGUUGGCUAAGUUGGAAUUGGCGACGAUUGCCACUAUCGAACACGUUGACGAGGCCAUCAGAUUGUUCUACGCCUCCACGAUGGACGCGGCGGGGCAGAACGCGUUGGACGGGGGGAACAACAAGGAGUUGAUGGCCGAAGUGGUGCUCGUGGAAAAUGAGAUCAAGAGAAGAUUGCCUAUUGGCUGGAGUAUCCUCUACCGCACCUUGAGACGUGAAUUUGUCGAGGGCAGAAAGCAUACCCAGAUGGCCUUGGACCGUGCCUUAAUGAUCAUGGAGAGGCGCGAAUCCAUCAGCUUCAAGUUCCAACGUCAGCGUGUGUUCCGGGAUCAGUACUAGUGCACUUAAUUAAAAUACCACGGAU